GGGGCUUUUUUGGGAGAGUGUGUCGAGGUUGUUGGGGGAUGAAGGUUUUGGCAUAUUCAGUUAGUAGUUGACGAAGGGCCGGUGAACAAAUCAAUAAUAAUCAACCAAUUAUGAAAAGCUCACACUUUGGGGCUGUGAAUUCACUGUCUAUAUUUUCGCCCAAAGAAACUCAUUGUCUAUUAUUUACUGAUUAUCAAGUCUUUUCCACUCGGAGUGUGGUCGCCGGAAAAUUUCAACUCUGACAAUGACGGCGGCCGGGAUCCUGGCCGGAUUAUUCCUCCUCCUCGCCCUUUACUGUGGCAUCGACCCCUUUGGACACAGGCCCAUUAAAGACUUCCCCGAAUUCGAGGCUUACAGAGUCGAUUUCCCUCCUCAAUCCCAAGUCCCGAACCUAAACGAUCCUGAAAAUCGCCUGCAAAAAUCGGAGAUCAAAUUCCUUAAUAAGAUUCAGGGACCGGAAAGCCUAGCAUUUGAUCCUCAAGGCCGCGGCCCUUACACAGGAGUCGCAGAUGGCCGUAUUCUUUUCUGGAAUGGCUAUUCCUGGACUGAAUUCGCAGUCACUUCUCCAAACCGGUCAGAAAUAUGUGAUCCUAAACCAUCGCCGCUGGCUUAUUUGAAGAAUGAGCAUAUAUGUGGGCGUCCAUUAGGGCUUAGGUUUAAUAAGAAAACAGGGGAAUUGUACAUCUGUGAUGCGUAUUUUGGUCUUUUGAAGGUUGGACCAGAAGGGGGUUUGGCGACCCCUCUUGUGAGUGAGGUGAAUGGAGUUCCAUUAAAGUUCACUAAUGAUCUGGAUAUCGAUGAGGAUGGCAAUGUUUAUUUCACAGAUAGUAGUACAACAUAUCAGAGAAGGAACUUUAUGCAGCUGAUAUUCUCUUCAGAGGGUUCAGGUAGAGUCUUUAAAUAUGAUGCCAUCACUAAAGAGGUUACUGUUUUGCUAAGUGGUAUACAGUUUGCUAAUGGCUUGUCCUUGAGCAAGGAUGGAUCUUUCUUUGUUGUUUGUGAAUGUGUCCCUGGGAGGUUAAGGAGAUACUGGUUAAAAGGCAAAAAGGUAGGGACCUCAGACAUGCUUGCCGUCCUCCCUGGCUUCCCGGACAAUGUUAGGACAAAUGAAAAGGGCGAUUUUUGGGUGGCUAUGCAUUGCCGCCGCACCUUUUACGCCUACUUUACGGGCUUGUACCCAAAGAUUAGGAAGUUCAUUCUCAAUCUUCCCAUACCCACCAAGUAUCAGUACUUGUUGCAAGUUGGAGGGUGGCCUCAUGCCAUAAUCAUCAAAUAUAGUCCAAAUGGAGAGGUGUUGGAGGUCUUGGAGGACAGGAGUGGAAAGGUGGUGAAAGCGGUUAGUGAGGUGGAAGAACAUGAUGGAAAGCUUUGGAUGGGUUCUGUUCUUAUGCCCUUUAUUGCAGUUUACUGAUUAUGUGUGUGUGUAUGCUUUGGAUGGGGUCGAAGUCCUACCAGUUUUACUGUAAUUGUCCCUUCGCGCAUGCAUUUUGAAGUAGCUUAGUGGGGAAGUAUGUUGAACUUUUUUAGGGCUUCUUGUUGUUUCUAGAAAUGUUCGAUUUUAUACCUGGUCCUCCCUUUUUUUUCGCCAGUGUGGUAGUCCAAUGCCCUUGCUAUUUGGUAGUUUUUAUCUUUUUAUUUAUGGUCUUGUUUGAUUUUCCUGUUGUCUCCCUAUCGAUGGUUGAUAAAUAAAUGGUCCGGAAAACUUAAAAUGAGA